GUCAAUCAACGCUUUCCACUCUUGACCAAACACAACACCCUCCCGGUGAAAGAAAACUUGCUUCCUGUGAUCUGAAGACAUAAGACCUCCGGAGUCAAGACGGGACGUCCCAUCUACCGGGAAGUGACAUGACUUCCAACUAUGAGAUGAAUAAGACAGAGGGAUAUCCUCCCAACCCAGCUUACUCUGCCAGUUAUCCCACCUAUCCUCCUGGCCCACCAGCUUACCCUCCCAAUCCACCAGGCUACUCUUCCAAUCCGGUUUAUCCUCCUAAUCAGGGUCUCACCUAUAGCAACGUUCCACCGCCAUACUAUGGUGGCCAACCUCAGCCUGGAGCCAUUGUGACAACUCAACCCAACGUGAUGGUCUUUCCUCAGCCGGCGUACAAGGACUAUCUUGCCUGGUCUGUUGUGAACCUGAUUUUCUUCAACCUCAUUUUCGGCAUUGUGGCCCUUGUUUACUCCCAUAAGACGCGGGACGCCGUGAGACGCGGAGACUCCUUUGCGGCAGGAAGUUAUUCCCGAACAGCGUUCAGCUUAAAUGUUACAGCCCUCGUCCUAGGCAUAAUAGCCCACAUCUGCUGGAUAUCCUGGGUCAUCUACGGGUCUGUGACCAAUCCCUACAAAUACAACUAUAGCUACUACUACGAUAAUGGAUACGAUAAUGGAUACUACGGCUAAGAACUAACUAAUGUAUCGGACACAUAGGCCGUCAUGUGUAACCUUUGUUUUUUGCAUAUUGGUUUUCACUAAUAAAAGAUAAUUGCUUUUUUAUUA